ACUACCUCAUGGUUGGGAACUCGCCCGCCUCGUCGCCCAGGUACCUGUCCGCGGCGGCAACGAGUAGCACCAGCACGAGUCCGCGGCCAACGUCGAGUACGGCGGCGACGCUAGUGUUGUCCGGUUGCCCCAGCAACAUGAUGGAACUGCAGGUGGAUAUCGCGGACAGCCAGCAACCGCUGAACCUGUCGAAGAAGUCGCCGUCCCCGUCGCCGAGGCCGCUCGUAGGGCCCUGCAAAGCUCUGUCCCUCGAAGCGUAGUGGUCUCGCGACGUCGUAUGAGCGUGUCGUUGUUCGUGACGUUCCGAGACGUGGAACGCGCGUGUAUCGAGCCCACCUAUGGAGUGAUUCGCAGUCGGUGUUUUGGUGUCGCGGUCCAUGCGUCGAACAUGCCGAACACGAGAAGUGCCAGGACGCUGCAAGCGCGUGAUAAACCAAAUAAUUUAUUAAUUUAAACUAUUAAUGUCGAGAACUGCGCGAGGUGGGAAGGUGGAUGCCGGAGUGUCGGCCGUGUGGACGCUUUUUGGGAAAGUGCCGGUCUAGUGCCGUUUAUUCAUCUACCUACCAUCUGUCGAUACAAACGACGAUAGGUGAGGCUCCCCCGGGAGCAACGAGGGAAUGUUACAGAAAUCUAUCUACAUGUGAUAAUCAUGGAAAUCGCGCAUCCUGUACAGUACUCCACCUCAUUCAUCGAUCAUCUACUCUACUAUAAUUAUUGAAUAUUAUUAAAGUAAUUAAUAUUAUUGUAACAUGUGUAAGGUAUAAUAAUCGUAAAAAACGUUAUCAUCUUGUGUAUGAGCGCGUAGGGAGAUGAGAGCGAGAGUGCGAGGGAGAGAAAGUGAGCGUGCAUGAGAACCGACCAGAAGACGAACGAACGAAUGGAACGUGUGCUUGUGCAUGUGAGUCGGGGCAAAAUCGCAGCAAACAAAAGAUGGCUUCCACGAGCCAGUGGAGCGCGCAUUUUAAAUUCGAGAAUCAAGCAAAAACGUUUUAAGAUGUUUCGUUCAAAACAUAUAUAUAUAUGAGACUGACCCGGCCCGCCGCGGCCUCCAGGUCGACCGUACCUUCCGGCCGCUUCCCGAACGGCACCUCCAGCUAUAUCGCCGGCACAUCGAAACGGGGAAGGUACGAGACACCAGCGUGCAUGGGUGAGAUAGUGAGCAGAGUGGAGAGAGGAGUCGCAUGGAAGUCCGGUAGAAUCGGCAUUUAAAACGGCGCAGUGUAAAUAGUAGAUCGUAAGGCUAAGUCCUAGAAGGCGCGAGUGGAGUUUUUUGCUUUACGCUCGGUGAGAAAGAGGCAGGAAAA